AGACUUUUCAGGCUGUGUGCACCAAAAGAGGACCCCUCCCCUCCCUCCCUCCCUCUCCCAGCCAGCCAGACCAGGAUGAAGCCGCCAAUGACACGGUCUAGAAAUUAACCCACUGAUCCUCGGGGAGGAGGAAACAAGAAUAAGAAUAGUAAUUGCAGUCUCUACCAGGGGGGGAUCACUGCAGGCGUAAAUGGCCGCAGGGGGAUCAAGCCGUGGCGAGGGAGCUUUGCAAAGGCCUGCAAGGAGAGAGCGAAAGCAGAAAAGCCGGAGGAGACCCCGGGAUCAGGAUCCAGAUGUUCGCCUAUCCAAAGCUCUCUCGUAUGCGUUGCGCCACGGGGCAGAUGAGCUGGGCCUCCACAUGUCCUCCGACGGUUUUGUCGACACGGUGGAGAUUCUUCGUUUGCCCCAAUUUAAGGCCUGGUCGGAGGAGGACGUGAAACGUGUCGUGGAGACCAACGCAAAACAGCGCUUCGCCCUGGGCCGACACCCAUCCAGUGGACACCUCCAGAUCUGUGCGAAUCAGGGACACUCGCUCCAGGUUCCUGAGCUGGACUUAACUCUGCUGCAGACCCUGCAGGAUUUCCCAGAGAUUGUGGCUCACGGCACACUUCUGCGCCACUGGCCAGCCAUUCGUCAGCACGGCCUGUCCCGGAUGGGGAGAACCCACAUCCAUUUAGCCCCCGGCUUGCCAGGGGAGGGGGCCGUCCUAAGUGGAAUGAGAAACAGUUCUGAAGUGGCCAUAAUCAUUGAUAUCCCCAAGGCACUGGCAGAUGGAAUCUCUUUCUUCCGCUCGGCGAACGGAGUCAUCCUGACCCCGGGCAACGCAGACGGGGUGCUGCUUCCCCGCUACUUCUGCAGAGCACUGCAGCUUCAGCCUCGGCGUGGCCUCCUGCCUCUUGAGUGACCGUGGACGUCUUCCCCUCCUUCAUUUCCUCUGACAGGCAGCCAUUUAUAAAACGUGGGGGGGUCUGAACACAUACCUCAAUGAGAAACCUCACCAUGCCAUUAGAACAGAUGUAAUUUCAUUUGUAAUGUGUGCCGUUGUGCCCACAGUAAAAUGACAAUAAAGGUCUAUCUAUCUAUC